AUUAUUCAUAGGAAAACUGUUGUUAUUCUGAAGAAGACCAAAGAACACUGAGCAGGCAUGAUGCAUUGGUGCUGAUCAUCGCCUGCUCCAGUCUUUAUGUUUACUCUGUACUGGGUUCUAUUUUUGGCAGCUGUAGGCACAUGUGAAUGCUAUCUGCUUGCAGGUUCAGAGUAGGAUUGCCUUUUCAAGCUGAGGAAGUUAUGAAAGAAAUGCUCAGAGCCAAUCAUCCUCAUGACCUUUAAUUGUCUAUGAGAAGCUUUUUCAUAGGAGAGGGUUUUGUUGAAAGUCUGUCAGACAAGUUAAAUUUUCAUUUCAAAUGAUUAAAUGAGGUAUUUUACUCUAAUUUUCCACCUGUGGGGUUGAUGUGUGGAUCACAAUGAUUCAGUGCGCUGUAAGACAACUUUAUUUGAGUGAGAAAAGCAAUGUACUGGCAGAGUUCAUUCAAAGAAAUGGAGUACCCCACGACCAUUGUCUAACAUGCCUAAACAGACAUUGCAGAGUUCAAGAUGACACUGCCAACAGUUGUCCCAUGAUGCAUUGCAAGGAAGGGUGUGGUGCCCACUUUCAUUCCUGCAAACUUGUGGAACAUAUACUAUUGUGUCCAAAUGAAAAAGUGCCUUGUAUAAACUAUGAAAAUGGAUGUCCAAUUAUUAUGCCUCGUUAUAAACUUGGUUCACACUUGGAAACCUGUCCAGCUAGUGUGAUAUACUGCACUAUGGAGUGGAAUAGGUGGCCACUGUAUUCUAAGGAAAAGCAAGCUCCGGUGACUGCUGCCAAGUACAGUAUCCAUGCUAAGUAUGGACAACUGGAUGUUGCUCUUGCUUUACGUGAUCAGCGGAUACUUAAUGAAUCUAUGAAAGUUUCCAAGAAAACCAGAAGAGUCUUACGUAAUAAUCUCACCCGUAGAUUUCCAGCUGUCCCCUUGAAACCACGCAACAGUACAUAUGAAUCCUCUGAACAACAGACAAAUGAGACAUCACAGACAAUAUCUGAUGAUGAUUGUGAGGCUCCGUGGGAGGUCGCCAAGAACCCCCCUGGCCUGCAGAGCAGUGUAUUCAGUGAGUUGUACAAGGCAACAAGACAAACUACAGAGUCUCUUUCUGCUGCCCUGGAUGUGGUGUCAACCAGUUAUAGUAAUGAGAGCCCUCAGGUAUCCAGCCCAGCACAUGACACAGAAAAAGACACUUCUACCAGUUCAAGUGAAGAUGAAGAAGAAGUAGAAACUGUACCACAUGAUGGACUGUGUAGAUUUCAGUAUCCAGAUAUCACACUUGUCAAGUGUGCUCUUUGUAAAACACACCACCAUGUGCCUUUCUCUGAAGCAGGGGAAUCAUUGCACAGAGCAGAGGCAAGUGAAACAACUGAUGAGGUCACCACAAUGGAUUCUGCUGAGAAAAACACAAAAAUACAGAAAGCAAUAGAGGGUAAGAUUCAUGUUGAAAGGAGCAAAAAUCUAGGCCAAGAAGAUGGCUUUGUCUUGGUGCCAGUCCAAAAUUCAAAAGAGAAACCUAUGCAGUCACCUCUCAGCCCUUCUCCAGUGCCAGUUACACUGAAUAAUAUACUCAACUUAGAUCUGACACUAGAGCAAAUAACAAGGUACCAGCAAAAGCCCAAGUCCAUGUACACUUUCUUGUGUGCACAAGAAUUUAGGAGAGAUGAAUACUUGUGGCACUUUAAAAAUGUCCAUGGAGACAUCCAUGCCAACCUGAAUGGAUGGAUAGAACAGAGGUGUCCACUGGCACAUUAUGGCUGCCCAUACUCUGUGAGAAGGUUUCAUCCACAACAUGAAGGAAUGACUGUUAUACACAACAGCACUGUAGAAAGUUUUGGACUAAAACCCGAAAUCCCAAUAGAGACCUAUCAAAAAUUCAAUGAAAAUGUUGAUGGCUUUGAGAACAUGGAGGUAGAUAUGGGUAAACAGGAAGAGGAUAAUGGACUUCAGCAAGGGGUACGGGAGUCCACACCAGAAGUUAUGACAUCCUGGGAUUAUAACUCUGCAGUUACGAUAAGCAAUCAGUCUACAAGUCAAGAAGCAUGCUCCACUAAUACAGGUCCACCCAGAGACAUGCUGACUAGUCUUCCAUUUGAGAUACUGUUAGACAUUGGAAGAUGUCUGGACUCUUUUAGCCUGUGUAAUUUGGCGCUAACUUGCUGUACCCUUCGUGAGGUAUGCUGUAACUUGGUGGAAGAACGUGGUAUUGUCAUCCAGCAAUGGGAGAAAAAGAGGGUAGAUGGCAAGGCGACUUGGCGGGUGGCUUACAAGAAAUGGUGCUUUAGCACAGCAUUCAGUCCAGUGACCCACUGGGGUUUCAAAAGCAACCCACACAUGGCCAACCACAUCAGCAAGUGUCCUUACUAUGUGAAAUGUGUCAAGACUCAGCCCAUACUGCUACCAAGCAUGCCUGCUAAUUCAAUAUUGGAGGACAGGUUAAAGGAGAGCAUAAACAAUCCAAACCUGCAUGUCGCUGGGGGUGAAAUUGUUGAGCUUCAACAAGCAGAGGAACAAGAAAACACGAUAAAACAUAAACCAUAUUCUGAUUUUUGAGUAGUAAUCAGAUGUAAUUUAAUUGGAAUUUUGGAUUAUUGUAGGCUUUCAUAAUUCAUUUGUAGAGAUCAAGCAAAAGAAACAGAAUUUAUUGUUCUGUAAUUGAAAAAUUAGGACUGUUCUGAUGGUCUUCAUUGUUCAUCAAUGCAAAAAUAUAUAUUUGAAUUGGUCUUCCUUUUUUGUAAAAGCCUAUUUUUCAGUUUACAAACUGAGUGUCAGCGAGAUAGAGCAUUUGCUUUUUUCAUUUACUAAAAGGAAAAAAGAGCAUAUUUUUAAAAAUUACAUUUUCAUGCUUCCCAUACAGCAGAACCAUGCCAUCCUCCAUCAAAAGAUCUUAACAUUAUCAGAAAAAAGUCUCUAAUUUUCAAAAUGAGUGCAAUUUUGUUCAUUCAGGUCAUUUCCAACAUCGACUAUAAUAUAUAUAUAUAUAUAUAUAUACAUAUAUAUACAUACAUAUACAUAUGAGACAUCUAUCUUUAGACCUUUCAUGUACAAGUUAGAAUAGGUAAAAUGAAAAUUUACCAACUGCUUAAGUAUUUUUUCACAUACUUUUACUAAACAGGAAUGUGCAAUUUAUUUGUGAGUCUUAGACACAAGACACUGAAGUUUAUACUAUGUAAACUGUAAUAUGUGAUAUAUGCAUUCUACCCAGUUAAAUGAGAAAAGGUUAUUGGAUAGAAAUUAUAUGCAUUUUAAAUGGAAGAAUAUACAUGGUGGUCACACCAAAGCUUGAAUAUUAUCCACACAUUACUAUUAGUGCCUUUUAGUUGUUGUCAGCCAGUUCUUCAUAUUGGGCUCAGACACUAGAAACUAGUUUAGGAUCUUGAUAUAGUCAGGGUUUUUUAUUAUCAACCAUUAUUCAGCAUGACUUUCUCCUUUGUUUUUACAAUAAAAAAUCUUUCAAGA